CGGAAGCGCUCCUUCGCCCGGCCCCCGGCGGCGGGACGGCGGCUGCGGGCCCAGCACGCGCGGGCAGACGCCCUACGGGCGGCGGCGGCGGCUGGCGUGCAGAGCGCGGCGGGAGAGAGGCGCGGAAGGGACGGGCCCCCGGAGCCGGCGGCCGCGCAGUACCUUGCAGAAACAGCUAUUUGACAUAAAGGAAGAUAGAAAUUGUGUCGUUCCAACAGAAACUUUUGCAGAAUUGGAGUAAAAGAGAAGCAAUGCAGAGAUCCGAGUGCGAUAGAGGCGUACAGUGGAGAAACAGAGUGACAGAUACCUGUGAUCAAAGGACAUCAUCAAGUGCACAAGUAAAACCUAGGACUGCAGUUCAGCAAAGGAAAUCCUCCUCGUCAGCCAGCCCUCCAGGUUCUGCAAGAAAACUUCAUCCUCGACCAAGUGAUAAACUUAACCCUAAAACAAUUAACCCCUUUGGUGAACAGUCACGAGCCCCUUCUGCAUUUGCAGCUGUUUACUCUAAGGGAGGGAUUCCUUGCAGAUUGGUCCAUGGUUCAGUAAAACACAGGUUACAGUGGGAAUGUCCUCCUGAAAAGCUUCCAUUUGAUCCUCUUCUUAUUACUUUAGCUGAGGGUCUGAGGGAGACCAAACAUCCGUACACCUUUGUGUCAAAGGAGGGUUUUAGAGAAUUACUUUUGGUCACAGGUGCUCCUGAAAAAGCUGUGCCUUUGCUUCCUAGACUGGUUCCUGUGCUGAAGGCAGCUCUGGUCCACUGGGAUGAUGAAGUGUUUGAAAGAGGAUUGAAUGCUCUGGUACAGUUAAGUGUCGUUGUGGGUCCUUCUCUAAACGACCAUCUGAAGCACCUGCUUACAAGUCUUUCCAAGAGACUAAGGGACAAGAGAUUCAGAGAGCCCGUCACCGCCGCGUUACAGAAGCUGGAGCAGCGUGGCGGACGUGGAAGCCUUCCCAUCAUCAAAUCUAAAAUCCCAACGUACUGCUCCAUAUUCUGCUGAGGAAAGGCGCCCGGUGGCAGGGGUGGCCACGGGAAUCCACGGAACCUCUUCGGAUCCGCUGCAGUUUACUCUUCUGUGAAUCACAGCCACCCGGCGUUAUUGCUGGCUUUAGAUGAGUAUACACGAUUCCACUAAUCAUAGCACAGGUUUUUCAUUAAAGAAAAGAAUGAUUAAUGAUGGAAAACUAUUAAAAAACGUUCUAUAAUAGUACAGUCUUGUGGGGUUUGUUCUUUAUAUUUUUUAUGGUUUGUGUGAACGGCAGUUAUUGGGUUUGCAGUGGAUGUGUUUGUAUAUAUUUUCUAGCGCCUUUUAUAUGUAACAUACAGUCAAUGUGUAGCUGUGCACUUAUUUUUAGAUAUUUUGCCAUUUCCUGGGUUUUAUAUUUAUCAAGUCUAUGGAAAUUUAAAAUAGUGGACAAACAUUUGUGAAUUCACUAUUCAUUAUUGUUUAUAAACAUGCAUUUUGUAAUGUAGAAUGCUUGGAAAAAAUUUCUUUCCAGCGUAUUCUAGUUUAAGAAAAAAAAAUUUUAAUGUGUAAAUUCUUUUAUAAGUAACAUUGUUUAUUACAACGCAUUAAAACUCCCUAGACUUCAGGUGUUAAUUGUAUUUAAGUACAUGUUAUUUUUGUAUUUCAUAGUCUGAAAAUGCUGGUAUUCAGUACAUGAAGAAACUCAGAAAUUAAAAUCGUAACACUCUUACACGUACUCAGUGAUUUUGUUGUGCUUGUUUAUGUUUAACAGUUAAUUCAGUUGGAAACGCUUUUAAAACGUAAUUUAUGAGUGUAGUUCUGAAUGUUGAUGUGGCUGAUUCUGGAUCAUUCUACAGAGAAAGGAGCAGAGGGAGAGAAACAUCUGGGCAGGAAGGGGACCCUUAGGACCCGACCAGCCACACCAAGUCCAGGGCCGGCCGAGACCUCCGAAGGGGUGGAGACGGGGAGCAGCUGUACUCUGCCCCAGGAGCCUCUGAGCGCACCCUUUCUUUGCUCCGUCCCUCAGAUACCGGAAGUGAUCCCUUCGUAAUUCUCAUUUCCAACCUAAUCUCACAGGUGGUAAUUUAAAAUAUAAGUGGUUUCCAGAGAGUCCUGAUGGCAGAAAUGCUCCUUCUCCUUCAUAGCUCCUGUCCUUCCUGGUCCCAUGUCUGGCACACUCUCUCCUCAGGUCUCUACUCUUGUCACAUCCUCAGGUCACAUCAGCUCACCAGCUGCCUGACCUUGCUCUGACUCCUCUUCCUUGCACUUAGUGCCACCCAAAGACCGAGAUCUCUACAGUUUAGAAAAUGCCAUAAGAAAAAUAUAAUGUUUUUAAUCUAGUAAUUAUAAAAUUGAUUGAGAUAAAGACCUAUAACAUAGACAGUAGAGUUAUAAACAUUUUAUUUGCUUUUAUUUUUUCUUUUUGAAAUACAAAAUGUGCACAUUGAGUUUACACAAAUACGCGAUGGCCAAGUUCAGUGUACAUGUAUUGUACUACUCUUAAUUUCUACACUGGUGAUAGCAGGGCUCCUUUCAACAUCCUAUCUCUACACCAGAAUAGAUACCUGAUUUAUUGUUGCAAAGACAGUUGCAAGUUUCCUCCUACUCUAGCCUCUUGGUCUUUGUGGUAUUUCUGCCAAACAAGGAAGGUGUGUGUAUCUUUAGUAAUAUUGUGGCAACUUUACAAUUUUAGCUUAAGAUCAUUAAAAAUAAUCUGAAUUAUUGGAGUUUUAUGCUACGCUAAAUCAUAAUACAGUUUAAAGGAGUUACUUAGCACUUAUAUUCAUUUUCUGCUAAGGUUUGGUAUUAUAGUUCUGGAUAUAAUGGAAUCACUGGUGCUUUCAAAGUGAAUUCUGCUUGCUGUUUGCUCCUGGUAGGCAUUGGGGUAGCAAAGGUUCCUUUGUCCCUGAAUGGCAUGUAAUGUAGAGGUGCCAGGAGGGAGUCGGGAAGGAGGAUGAAGUAGGCCUUGAAUGUGGCUAAGGAUUACUUGUUGCUAAGCGUUGCCAUGUACUGGAGGACAGCUGUCCUGACCCUUUGCUAAUAAGCCUGUGGACAUCCUCGCUUUGUUUCACACCUUGGAUUCCCACUUAGUGACACAGUAGUCAACUUGUAGGACUGAACAAAUCCAAAAUUACAUAUGUCAUGUAGGCCUUGGCUGUAAUACGUAUGAUGAAAAAUUAAGAAAUGCUUAUUAAAUAAACUUUAUUAGGCAUAUGCUGACAUCUGGUGAUAAACUAAUUUGUUUCAUGUUAUAAAAAAAUGCCAGGUAAAUGAAUGUUUUUAACAGGAGGCAGCAAAUCCAGAGAAACUGGGACUAUGUGUUUGUUUGUUUGUUUCCAGUUGCAGUAAUCUUGUUUACUUAAAGUAUAAAUGAAAUUACAGCAUACAAACAUGAAAACUAAUAACUGGAAAUUAAGGGCAGAUGCCAGUAUUUUAGAAAACCAUUUAAAAUCCUGGGGCUGGAUACAUACAAAUGAGUAGCAUAAAACACUGAUAUUUUAAAAUCACUGAUAAUGUGAAAGCCUCAAUAAUUCCAUGGCUAAAGAAUCCAUAAAACUAUAUGCCAGAUUCUAUUACUUGUGAACAUUCACAGGGUAUGAAAUGACGUGGGACAUCCCAUGAACUCAGUGGCAUUAUGAAAAGGAGGCGAACUUGUACAUGGAAAACUCAGAUCCCUUGGGGGUUGCUUUAGCUCAGACAAAGCUUGUUUGCGUGACAUGCCUCAGUGUAACGCUGCACAGCCUGUGCUAGAAGUGGUGGCUCCGACUUCGUGUGAUAGAGUCGUUCACACCUGUCUGCCUGGCUGGGGGCGUGUUCGACACGUUAGAUCACGUUUUCAAAGAGCUGCAUGGAGCGCAUGAUGUUUUCGUCCUGUGAGGGAGAAACGGCGGAGUUCAGUUCACCGUAUCUGCCAAAGAAAGUGUACUGUUUUGCCCCUGAGCACUGCCCACCUACACCGACCACCUGUGCCGAAUGUCCAGACACUGCGUGUCUGCACACGUAAGUACCCUCUAUCCAGUUUCCACACAGGUAAGUACGGAGAGCCCGUUUUAUGGUUUGUGGAUUUGACCAGGCUUUAAACACUUUAUUUCACUCUGACUUGGUGCUGAGGGGGUAUUCCUCAAAUUAUUAAUAGAACGCCAGCGUGGAAACUGGAGAGGCGCAGAGUAUAGACGGAGAGCAACGCCAACUGGCAUUUCGGGUGACCACAGGCCACGUUGCAGAAGCAGUUUGUGCGUGAGCUUAGGGCAAUUUCGUGAAGAUUGGAGGUUGGGAUUUAGGAGACAGGUUUGCAGUAAUUACACCUCUCUUUCUGAGUCUGUUAGGACUAAAUCUGUGUGGCCCUUAGGAACCUUUAAAAAUGAAUGGUCUCGAUGCCAGAGAAAGGAUCGUUUGGGAGAAACCAUUGCCCAGUGUCUGCAGUGUAGCAUGUUCCUUGGAAACGUGAGGGGAUAGAUUUUUGGGCAGCACAGGGGCACUUGGAGAUUGUGACUGUUCAUAGCAGUGGAAAAUGGUUGCAGAACUAAUGAGGACUUCCGCUACUAGACACUGAGUAACACCACCACCAUUAAGUGUGUUGGUGUCACCAGGCUCCUUCAAAGACCAUCACGUUGAAGUAUGCGUUGAGAAAAAGGCAGGCAUCAGGCAAGGGAAAUUAUAUCAACUCGAAAAUAAUGAGAAAAACUAAAGUACCAGCAAACUUCUUUGUCUCCAUAAUUACAAGUACUUAAAAAAUUCUUAAUUGUGGUUCUACCCACACAUCAAGUCAAAUAAUUCUAGGUAUGCUAAUACCGGUCAGCCACCAGAUGGUGGAGAGCCACAUGGACUUUUCCGCAGGGAGAAUUUUCUGCUGUUUAAUUUUGUGACUGAAGACCAUUACUGGUUCAGCCAAAGACACCUCUCGUCCACAUACGUUGAAGCAAUGAUGUUCCCCUUAGAAAUCGUAUGUUAGUCUGGCCAGUGAUACGCCCUUGAGUGUACUGGGAUUCUGAAUCUGUGGAGGAGGACAGGAUACGUGUUACACGCUAGUUCUGGGGAGAGAACAAGUCAAAGCUCACUGUGCUUUGUCCUCAGCGAUGAACACUGAAGGCUUUGAGGAGCAGAAACACACCUAGGCAACCUUCCUCUCUCCGGGGCUCCCCUCUUACUAGCCUGCCUCGGGGUAGACUCGCUGCGAAUGCUGACUGCAUGUGCGAAGUGUGAUUGUCGGCAGAGUGGCAGGCUUAUUCACCUCAGCUGUGUGGAAGCGGUGAUCUUAGGCAUGUGAGCUUUAUACUGUGCCCGGUUCGUGGUAGCUAGCCGGCAGGACUCAGUCCAGCUGUUAAGAAAGCAAACGGGUUGGUUUCUCUACUAUCGCUACUUACUUUUUGGCAACUUUCGAUGAAUUCAUCUAUGGUAACGACUCCAUCUUUAUUUUUGUCCAUUUUCUGUUCAGGAAGAAAAGAACAAAAAACUACUCAGACUCACCCCUUGAUACCCUCACGCUGAACUGGACAACAAGCUCAGGCCGAUGAAAAGAAAGCCCAGCUGCUUGUUUAAUGGGAGGACCUGCUUCAGAGCACACACGAGUAGCUGCUUAGUGGUAAGAAUCAUGACUGACUGAUCUAGAGCCACUCUGUUCUAGCAAAAUCCUGCCCUCCAGCUGCGACAGACUUCAGGCAACCUGCUGAAGCUUUCAGAGCCUUGAUUUUCUCAUCCGUGAGAUGGGGCUGAUGAGGAUUUAUAAAUAACCUCAUAGGGGCUUGUGAGAAAUGGAUAAAAACAAAUACCCCCAAAGACAUGAGACAUAGCAGUUGCCUAGUGUUCUCUCCAGGAUAUGGUGAAUGUCCAGUAAGUGGAGUUAUCAAUGUUAUGAUACAUUCAAAACCAAAAGUACUAAAUUAGUAUGACGGUAAAUAUUCUAUAGUUUUGUCUCUUUCAGUAAAAAUUGUCCUUUACAUUCUUUUGAAUCAUCGUGAUGCUUUGCAAACAUCAGGAAAUUUGCUCUUAAUUUCACUGCCUCUCUGACUUCUGUUGCGUUCCUACCUGGAAAAAUGUCUCCACGUGUUGUCUGGGAGCAUCUUCUUUGAGGACAGGAUAUGUGCAUUUGCCCAUCAUAUCAUAUAUCGCUUUCAUUAUGUCGAGCAUUUCCUGAAAAGGAAAAGGCAGUCACAUGAGGCUGCGUGCAAUACGAAAAGAAACCACUCUGGGAAGCUUUGACAGAUAAUUCCUACUCAAUUUCAAAUUUUUUAUUUUUCUUUGAUUCCUCACUAAAUGUCUUGGUUGUCCCAGAGGAAAAGCCAAUGGCUUUAUGCCUUGAAAGCAGCAGAAUCAGAAUGUAAGAAUCAAGUGUGAUCUCGGUUUCAAAUGAAUUAAAUUCCCAUAAAUCUAACAUGAUCAGGAAAGAAACAUUCUGGUUUAAUGUUUGGACUUCUAUGGACUUCACAUAGGCUGUCUUUGCUUUAUUGAGUUAUUAUAUAUUUUACAUGUUGAUUAUCAAUUUGCACUUAUUGAGAAUAAAACCACAUCAUGAGAAUUACGCUAAAACUAACUGAUAGGUCUCAAAGCUCAUUAGGGUUUUCAUUGUGUUUUUCCUAUUAUGACUUUAACUGAAGUCACACAUGUAGAUUAGCCAGAAUAUGACCCUGGAAACACUUUGAAAUUUUAACUUUUUUUAUUAAAACAAAAUCUAGUUUUUGGUUUGUAAUUUUCAAUCUUGGUGAAAAUAAUAUCUAGUUAACCUAGACAUUCAGAUUUAUGGUUUACACUUGUUUUCUUCAUAUCAAACUUUCCACAUAAGAGUCUGGAUUAAGUCAAUAAUAUGGACAUAAUAUACAUUUACUUUUGAGAGUAUUCAACUCCAUUUUAAAUGAUAAAGCUGUUUGUAGUUUGUAAAUCACAGGUGAAACCCUUUAAGACGUUUUGAGUAUAGAAAUGUGUUUGAUGUAGAAUUCAUGAGAUGUGUCAGGUAUAAAUGUAACAGCAUGUUUAUGUUAAACAUAGGGAUCGAAAGGGAUUAAAGGGCCAAGAGAUACCUAAUAUCCCGGAGGCACCUGAGUACUAGCUGUUUAUUGUGUACCACACGUGCAAGAGGCACUAAGUAUCUAGGAGAGAAGCUCAACAUCCCUGAAUACUCAAUACUCAUGGAGUCUUAACUCAGCCACCCAUUGGUGAGACCCCUUCUGGCCCCAUGUGUCCUCUGCUCAACAAACACAAAUGAAACCCAUGGCCGUUGAUCAGGUUAAUUGUCGUUACAACUGUGGCCAGGUGAGCGUGUCCCUGUGUCUCCAGUAGAUCAAGUUUAUGACGCUGUUCGGGGAAACACUGACUGAAACCGCCCGCCUUGGCCGGGCAAGGGCAGUAACAAUUUGCGUGAGUUAUUUUAGGACAGGAGGUCCUGGUAAGGAACGCGGAACUAACAAGCCACCGCCAACCAGAAGAACAGGGGAAAGGUCAAAGGAGAGAAGGCACGCUAGUCCACACGUCCUACCCACCUCCCAGAAUCCUCCUCGCCGGAAUCCAUCCUGGCUGAGGGAUGCGUGCGCCACCAGGAAGGACCCAGAGUCAGAGUGACUGGCCAGAGGCCACCCGGAAACUCACCCCGUCGCCAUAAACCCGAGACCGCCAGCCACGUGGCGGAGCAGCCCUCCUGGGCUCCCUCACCCUCCUGCUCUCCGCCCAGGGCCCCUUCCCAACGCAGGCUCUUGCUUUGUCAGCACGUGUGUCUCCUCGGACAAUCCGUUUCCAAGUGUGAGAGGAGAGCCCCCUCCCAGGCCCCGAAGGGUCCCCCUUAAUGCAACGUCACUGGCCCAAGAUGCCUUCAACCCUGGGGAAAGCUGGUGAGAGAAAGAUGGGACAGACGGACACCGAACCACACCCAGCAUCCUUCAACCCUCCCUUCCCUCCAUCCCAAACUUGUUUUCUUACCCCAUCCCUCCCCACUUGCGUCUUGCUGUUUUACAUUCGUUUAAUAAACCAUUUGA